UUACUAGUUCUUGUCAUGAAAUUUUUAAAUUAUUCCCUAUAUUCUGCCAAAUUUUAGUUUUCUUGUAUCCAGCCGACUGUUUGUUAUAUAAACACUCUCAUGAGCACGUACACAUUCUAUUGGUCUUUCACUCAGAGAAGUCAUUUUUCUGUAACUACAAAUUACACUAAGAAAGUGAGGUUAUGUUUUUGACGGUAAACGACGAUCAACGGGUAAAAAGUAGAAAAUUGGUUAAUUUCGACACAAGAGUGCGUACAAUCGCGAUCAUUGUUUGCGUUAUCACAAUUACUAACGAGUUUAAUUAUCUUUGACAUUUAUGAACGUCUAGAGCGAAUUAUGCUCGCACUCAUUCAUGUACCGCUUAAGGCCGAAGUUUAAACAAAAUGAGAAUUAAUAUUUUUUCUAUGGUUUUGAUCAGCAGGUAAUGAAAUUAGGUGGAUGUAAUUGUCGCUAAAAUAAUAAUUUUUAUUACUUAUACAUUCAUAUAAUCCAUUCAUAUAAUCAAACUGAAAUAUAGCCACAGGUUACUAACAAUAAAAUGGAUCAUCAAAAUAUUAAAAAGGAAAUGGAUAUCCAUAAUGUAAAGGAAGAAGUAGAUGUUUACGAUGAUUUUCAAUCGAAUAUCGAUAUAAAACAAGAGGUAAUUGGAGAAACAUCUCCGCUAAAAAUUGAAAAUAUAAAUGUACAGAUAAAUGGAAUUUAUUCAAUCAAAAAAGAAAUCAACGAUGACUUUAAUACAACUAAAAUAUUUGAUAAGAACUUGGAUGUAAUUAAUAAAACAAAAAGAAACAUCCCUGAUACACCUAACAUAAAACUGGCAUAUUUAAAAGUUGGAAAGCGAACUAAAUCCAAAGUUACAGGGUCAAUAAGAAAUGGGAAAUAUAUUCAACCGAAUGCUAUGGGGUUAAUGAUAUGUGUAUAUUGUGGGAAAUUAUACACGAAACAAGUGGAAUUGACACGUCACUCAACAAUGAAUCAUUAUAUGAAACAAAACAAAUUUUGUAGGGUUAAAAUUCACCAUAAAAUUAAAAAUCGCAUGAGGAAAAAUGUUGAUGUAAAAGAUGAGGUUGAAGUAGUUGAACAUAAAUUGAAAAUGGAGUUGCAAGACACGAAAAAUCUGUUGGAUAUUACUGAUAAUUCAAAUAAACAUGUAAAUGAAGAUUCAAAAUUAUCAGUAGGUGGAAGUUAUUCAAAUAAACAAUCAUAUACUUACACAAGGUCAAAGCCAUUCAAAUGUGACCCUUGUGUGAAAACUUUUACACAGAAAAACAUUUUGAAUACACAUUUACAAAGUCAUAUUGGUAAAAAAUCAUUUAAAUGUAACAUAUGUUUGAAAUCAUUUCCAUAUAAAAGUUAUUUAGAUAUACAUAUGGGUAAACACACCGGUGAAAAACCAUUCAAAUGUGAUAUUUGUAUGAAAACUUUUUCUUAUAAAAGUAAUUUGAAUAUACAUAUGCCUAAACACACAGGGAAAAAGCCAUUCAAAUGUGAGCUUUGUAUGAAAUCAUUUCCAUAUAAAAGUUAUCUAAAUAUACAUAUGAGUAAACACACAGGGGAAAAACCAUUCAAAUGUGAUAUUUGUAUGAAACUAUUUUCUCGUAAACGUAAUUUAAAUAUACAUAUGCGCAGUCACACUGGAGAAAAGCCAUUUAAGUGUGAUAUAUGUUUGAGAACUUUUUCACAGACGAGCAGUUUGAAUACACAUUUACGUAGUCAUACAAGAGAAAAGCCAUUCAAAUGUGAUAUUUGUUUGAAAACUUUUUCACAGACCAGUAGUUUGAAGACGCAUUUACGUAGUCAUACAGGAGAAAAGCCAUUCAAAUGUGACAUAUGUUUAAAAACUUUUUCACAGAUAAGUAGUCUGAGGACACAUCUGCGUAGUCAUACAGGAGAAAGGCCAUUCAAGUGUGAUACAUGUUUGAAAACUUUUUCACAGAUGAGUGGUUUGAGAACACACUUGUAUAAUCAUUCAGGUGAAAAGCCAUUCAAAUGUGAGAUUUGUUUGAAAACUUUUGCACAGACAAGUGAUUUGAAGAGACAUAUGCGUUGUCAUACAGGAGAAAAGCCAUUUAAAUGUGACAUAUGUUUCAAAAGUUUUUCACAGAAAAGUGGUUUGAAGAGACAUUCACGUAGUCAUUCAGGAGAAAAGCAAAAUGUGACAAGUGUUUGAAAACUUUUCCACAGGCAAAUUGUUUCUAUACAGAUUUGUGUAGUAUGUGGGAGGAAAUCCAUUCUAAUGUGUUCUGUUCACUGAAAAACCAUUUUGAUUGCUUCAAAGAGAGCUUCUACCUAUUGUCAUUGUCAGUGACAGAUAAUUCAAAAAUUCAUUUGAGUUCAGUUGAAGUAAAAGUGUGAAUUCAGAAAGCUGCCAAAUUGAAAUAUGGCUGGUCUAUUAGAAAAGUGGCCACUCAUCUUUGUCUUAAUGUGAGUACCGUGGCCAGAGUGGAGAAGGGAUGGGAACAAGACGGGACCAUGCACCGAAAGGUUGGGUCUGGAGGAAGGAAUAUUUCAAAUGACGCACAAGAUGUUGCAAUGAUUAAUUGAGAGUUGACAGAAGUAAUAAGUUGCAAAUUGUCAGUAAAUGUUUAGACUUGGAUGAGUAUUAAUGGCCCUGGCGUUUAUCGGGAAAAUUGGUGCGAAGUUCAACUUUAAAGUGUACCUUAAUAUCCUAGACAACAAUGAGUUGCUGUCUUCAAAUCAAAAUAUGAAGGAAACGAUUUUAUUUACCAACAUGUAACCCAGUUGCUGGCAACAACAAGUAAAAAGGGUGAAAAUUUUUUAACGAGUUCUUUAAAGUAGGCUAAUUGAUAUAGAAAAACUUGAGAGGUCUAUCCAUUUCUCAAAAUCAAAAAACAUUUCUCAUUUCGAGAAUAAUUUUGAUUUUCAACUUUUCUCAUUAUUUCAGUAUGUGAUGAAGAUAGAAGAAAAUAAAAAAUACUAUGUUGUAGGUUGAGUUUUUCUCGAUAAAAAAGGCCACUUAAACUUUUUUUAUAAAAGCUUUAAUUUUCUCGGAAAAUAUUCUAGAAUGAAUUAUUGCAUCUCGCUCGUUCAACAUAUGGAAUAGAAUAUUGAAAAUUUAAUAUUAUUAAUAAUAUUUAAUAGAAAAAUGUACAGGGUCCUUCACGACGAGCUGAAUCGAUAUAUAUGGGAAAGUACUGCGACUAUCCAUUCACAAACACUGAAAAUAGUGUGCGAAAGGCGUGCCGGUAGGAUACUCGUAAAAAGGAAAGCCGAAUUUGAAAUAGGGUUGAAAUUAGGCACUAAUAGAAGGUUAAACGGUACCUGUUAAACGCAAAACGUAACUAUAUAAUCUACUACCUAAGUAAUCUCUACACAAUAUUUCGAAAAAAUACUUUUCCCAAUUCUCUUACGCAAUUACUUGAAAUUUUUAUAUUACAAACAAUACUAUUUCAAGACCUACACCUAAAUUGAGCCGAACUGGACGGAAUUCCCCAUUUUAUUACUCUACACAUUUCUGAAAUAGACUAUAGUUUGGUGAAUUCCUUCGAGCAAAAACUUUUUGUUUAUCAAUUUCAAUUUGUUAAAAACACGACCAGUGUUUCAAUUUUUUCGAUUUCUUAAAUACAAUGAGCCCGAAGGUUAGUAUAGAAUUCGGUGGGGACGGGGGGCCGGCACGGUAGCUGCUAUGUUCCUCAGCUGGUAAAACUUGUGACCCUCAAAAUUGUAAAAAACUUCCCCAACUCUCAAAUGAGACAAGUGACGAUGAAUCUGAGAGGGAAAAUCAGAUUCCGAUAUCGACAUUGAUGAAGAUGAAGAUUCUAGAUGAUUUUUCUUUAUUUUCAAUAAAAUAUUAUAUAAUAAGAUGAAAUUGCUCUUUAAAAUCCAGUUCAUACAUAUUUUCCUAACCUAACCUAACCUAACCUUCUUAUUGGUAAUUUCUUUACAAUCAUUUCUGCAUUUGCAAAUGACUUGGAAUAAUAAAAACACUGUGAGAUGAUACCAAAAUAUGAGGAGGACGAUCUCCAUAAUGUCAAAAACUAGAAACUCUAUGAAACGAGUAUUGAAUUUGCUAUUAACAUUAGUUAGUAGUUACUUAGUCUUUGUUUUGUGAAUUUUUAACUUAUAUAACCUCAAACUUUUUAUGAUUAUUUAUUUGACUCCUCGACGUGUUAUUGUACCUAGAACAUAAUAAAUACGAUGUACCUCGAA